UAUAUUAUCCUAAAAUUUUAAAGUUAUACAAUGUUUCUUUAAAAGUAAAAAAAGAGUUAUGAUACAAUUCUUUAAUUGAAUUUUACGAAACAUACAUUAUAUCUUUCAACCAACUCAUUCACUCCUUAGAAAUUUAAGGAGAAACAUAUUUGCUUUUCCAUUAACAACAUAAAGUAAGAAGAAGAAGAAGAAGAAGAAGAAGAAACAGCAGAAGAAGAAGAACCCUUUAAAAGAAAAAGAGCUGAAGAAGAAAUGGAGCCCAAGUGUCCUCCUUUUGACUUCCCGGAGAAAUAUUACCAUGGUGGCGGAAGCGAAUGCGAGAGGCAGAGACACUUCUUCGAAGAUUCGACGACGCUUGAUCAAGGUGUUGGCUACGCCGUUAUUCUCGGUUUUGGUGCUUUCUUUGCCGUCUUCACAUCUUUUCUGGUUUGGUUAGAAAAACGAUAUGUUGGGGCUCGACACACCUCUGAAUGGUUCAAUACAGCCGGAAGAAACGUCAAGACAGGACUUAUUGCAAGUGUUAUCGUAUCACAGUGGACAUGGGCUGCGACGAUACUGCAAAGUUCAAACGUUGCAUGGCAGUAUGGUGUUAGUGGACCAUUCUGGUACGCUAGUGGAGCCUCCAUACAGGUACUCUUGUUCGGUGUGAUGGCGAUUGAGAUAAAAAGAAAAGCUCCUAAUGCUCACACAGUCUGCGAAAUCGUGAAGGCUCGUUGGGGAACCGCAACACAUAUAGUGUUCUUGGUAUUUUGUCUGACGACAAACGUGGUAGUGACGGCAAUGCUAUUGCUUGGUGGCUCGGCCGUGGUGAAUGCCCUCACUGGAGUAAAUAUUUACGCCGCAAGCUUCCUCAUUCCUAUAGGCGUCGUUGUCUAUACUUUGGCAGGAGGACUUAAAGCUACUUUCCUCGCAAGCUAUGUUCAUUCUGUCAUAGUUCACGUGGUUUUAGUCAUCUUUGUGUAUCUGGUCUACACUUUGAGUAGUGAGCUUGGGAGUCCAUCUGUGGUCUAUGACCGGUUAAUACAUAUGUCCGCUAAGUCAAGGGUAUGCGCGGAGCCACUCUCACACGACGGACAAGCUUGCGGUCCAGUCCACGGCAACUACAGAGGCUCUUAUGUCACCAUGUUGAGCUCUGGUGGUGCUGUCUUCGGUCUCAUCAACAUUGUAGGAAACUUUGGCACUGUCUUCGUCGACAAUGGUUAUUGGGUGAGUGCUAUAGCUGCUAGACCUUCAGCAACUCACAAGGGGUAUUUACUUGGUGGACUCGUGUGGUUCGCUGUGCCAUUCUCUUUAGCAACCUCGUUAGGCCUUGGUGCACUUGCCCUCGAUUUGCCUAUAACCGCAGAUGAGGCUAAUCGAGGUCUAGUCCCGCCUGCUACUGCCAUUGCUCUCAUGGGUAAAACAGGAUCCAUGCUUCUUCUCACUAUGGUUUUCAUGGCUGUAACAUCUGCUGGUUCUUCUGAGCUAAUCGCGGUCUCAUCCCUUUUCACUUACGACAUCUACCGAACAUACAUAAACCCUAAAGCAACCGGUAAACAGAUAUUGAGAGUCUCAAGAUCCGGGGUUCUCGGAUUCGGGUGUCUAAUGGGGAUUCUUGCAGUGAUCUUGAACAAAGUUGGGGUUUCACUCGGAUGGAUGUAUCUCGCAAUGGGAGUCCUCAUCGGCUCUGCCGUUAUUCCCAUCGCUUUCAUGCUUUUGUGGAGUAAAGCUAAUGCAAUUGGUGCGAUUCUUGGGUCGAUCUCUGGCUGUCUUCUUGGGAUCAUUACUUGGUUAUCAACCGCAAAGAUACAAUACGGACGCGUUGAUCUGGUUACUACAGGGAAAAAUGCUCCGAUGUUAGCUGGUAACCUCGUUGCGAUUCUAACAGGAGGAUUGAUCCAUGCGGUGUGCAGUGUAGUCCAGCCACAGAAUUAUGAUUGGUCGACGACAAGGGAGAUCAAAUUGGUGGAAGAUGGGGCUUCAGGGGACGUAAAUGAUGUUCCUUUGGAGGAGUUAAGAGACGAGAAGCUGAAAAGAGCUAAAGCUUGGAUUGUUAGAUGGGGUCUUGUCUUCACUCUCCUCAUUGUUAUCAUCUGGCCAGUUCUCUCUCUCCCAGCCCGUGUAUUUAGCAGGGGAUAUUUCUGGUUCUGGUCAAUUGUGGCUAUAGCUUGGGGAACUAUAGGAUCAAUUGUGAUAGUUGGUUUGCCUUUGAUCGAAAGCUGGGGAACGAUCAAGAGCGUUUGUAUGGGACUGUUCACUAACGAUAGGUUAAUGGACAGGCUUGAUGACUUGAACCAUAGGUUACGCGCUUUAACCUUGGCUGUACCGGAAGCUGAAAGGAUUUAUUUGCUCGAACUCGAGAAGAUUAAGAAAACUGACGAAGAAAGAUCAGUAUGAGUAAGAAAAAUUGAUAUUUUUUUCAUUCUCCUUUUGUUUGUAUGAUUUUGCUUGCUCAUCUUUCUUGUGUGUGUAAAAUCAUAUUGGAGCUAUUUCCUAUUGUGUGUUGAUCUUCUCUGACAAGUGUAGGCAUAUUAAAUAAAUUUAAUUUUCUUCAUUUGAAA